AUGAAUGGCUUUGCGAUGAACCUGGAGGGGGGCAAGUUCACUGCGUCCAUCACCAAGUUGUUGCAGGGUUACAAAGUCUUUCCCGGUCCAGCAUUUUCAAGCUGGACGAAGGAGAGGCGAGCGGGCCCGGAGGCCCCCCCCUUUGUGCUGAGACACAGAACUUCCAGCAAUGCGGAGCACACGGGAGAUAGCACGGCGGCGGCGAAGGGCCAUGUCGCCACCACCUCAGGUUCUUCAAACGGGCACCUCACCACCACUCAGUGCCACUUGCACAAUGGGAGCCUCCUGACGGGCGAUGAGGAGAGGAGAAAAAUGGAGGAGGAUGCCAGAGGAGAACGAGAAGAGGAAGAGGGCAGAGAAGAAGGCUUCAUGGGAAUGACGCCGCUUCUUCAAGCACACCACGCCAUGGAGAAGAUGGAGGAGUUUGUACACAAGGUGUGGGAAGGCCGGUGGCGCGUCAUCCCGCACGACGUGCUCCCCGAUUGGCUAAAAGACAACGACUUCCUACUGCACGGCCACAGGCCGCCCAUGCCUUCGUUCCGCGCCUGCUUCAGGAGCAUCUUCAGGAUCCACACCGAGACCGGCAACAUCUGGACGCACCUGCUAGGCUGCCUGUUUUUCCUCUGCUUGGGCCUCAUGUACAUGUUCCGACCAAACAUGUCUUUUGUGGCGCCGGUCCAGGAGAAGGUGGCUAUUGGAAUGUUCUUCCUGGGUGCCAUCCUCUGCCUGUCCUUCUCAUGGCUCUUCCACACUGUCUACUGCCAUUCCGAGGGCGUGUCCAGAGUCUUCUCCAAGCUAGACUACAGCGGAAUCGCCUUCCUGAUCGUGGGCUCGUUCGUGCCGUGGCUCUACUACUCCUUUUACUGCUCACCUCAACCGUGCAUCAUCUACCUGCUGGUGGUGUGUGUACUGGGCCUCUCCGCCAUCACUGUAUCCCAGUGCGACUUCUUCGCCACGCCGCAAUACCGAGGCGUCCGCGCAGCUGUAUUUGUAGGCUUGGGACUGAGCGGCGUGGUGCCCACACUUCAUUUUGUCAUCAGUGAGGGGCUCAUCAGAGCCACCACCAUCGGUCAGAUGGGCUGGCUUUUCCUCAUGGCCACCCUUUACAUCACCGGAGCCUGCCUGUAUGCCGCUCGCAUACCGGAGAGGUUCUUCCCCGGAAAAUGCGACAUCUGGUUCCAUUCUCACCAGUUGUUCCAUAUCUUGGUGGUUGCGGGCGCUUUCGUACACUUCCACGGCGUCUCCAACCUGCAGGAAUUCCGUUACACGGCCGGAGCGGGAUGCACCGACGACGGAAUGCUCUAA